AUGGAGAAUGACACCAACAAGGCGAAUGCGUACUUGGUCGCCGGCGAGUCGGCCAACGUCCCCGCUCCGAACGACCCUUCGGUCAACUCGAACUGGCUUGUUGAGCCUGUGCUUGUGAUCAACGGGAAGAAGGCUGGACAGCUGGCGGACCAGGUGUUCAGGAUCAACUCUAACGGUGGUCAGGCCCCGAACACCACGUGCACUCCGGGAACCGAUCUUCAGGUCAAGUCCACGUUGGACUUCUUGUUCUACGGUGGUGCUUGGGCGGAUACCAUCUUCUAA